AUGGAAAAGAAACAAAGUGUCGAGCAUGAUCACUUCAUAAAUGUUGUCAGAAGAAAAAGGCAAUUUGAUGCUAGACAGCAUAAAAAGCGUGUGCUUGGAGCUAAGAGAGCCAAGAGAUUGGCGGCAAUGAACAAAGAAAAUGCAGAUCAAACUCAACCUCCUACUGAUACUAUAUCUUCACAUAUCAGAUUUCCACUAUCUUCUAUUUCUCUAAAUAUUCCAAGUUCCAGCAUAACUGAUCGAAAUACAAAGCAUAAAACUAAUAGAGUUAACCUGGGAAGGAGAUUUGAUAACGAGUUUAUGCGCGGUGCGACAACAUCUUCAAGCCAUACACCUAAUCCAGAUUCCAAUAUCAACGAACUUUUCCAAGAUGACAGUGAAGAUGAUGCAGGUUCCAGUAAUUCUUCAGAUGCCUGCAGUUCAAUUUCUAACUAUUCAAUGGACGAGCAUGACGUAGGUUUCGACACUGACAUUGAAGAAAUUGAUGUUCAAAGUUCAGGAGAAUACUACGAUUUAGGUGACCCAUCAUUUGAGUGUCAGCAAUGUGGUGCAAAUAUGUGGUAUAUGGAGAGGAAGAACAAGUUUCGACACUGUGCUAAUCCAAAGUUCUCAAUGUGUUGUGGAGAAGGAAAGGUUCAAAUACCUUUGUUGAGAGAACCCUCACCCGUAUUGCAGAGCCUGUUGUUCGACCAAAACAAAAGUGAAUCAAAACUAUUCCAACAACAAAUUCGUCUUUACAAUAUGAUGUUCGCAUUUAAUUCUCCGGGUGCUAAAAUGGACAACAAAUUUAACAAUGGUAGAGGUCCUCCUAACUAUCAUAUUCAAGGUCAAUCAUGUCAUCGUAUAGGCAGCAUGUUACCAUUGCUAGGUGAAAAGGCCCAUUUUUCCCAGCUCUAUAUAUUUGAUACUGAACAUGAAGUUCAGAAUAUAAUUGAUGUUUUCAGAAGAAGGAGCGGAGUGGAUAUUAAUAUAGUGGAAAAUUUGUCUUCAAUGUUAUAUGAACAUAAUGUUCAUGCUCAGUCUUUUAAGAUGGCAAGGGAUAGACUUUCUGAAGGCAAUGUGGCAGAUCUAAAACUCCGUCUCAUUUCCGAGCGCCAAAAUGAUGGAAGAAUAUAUAAUCAACCAACAGUUUCAGAAGUUGUUGCUCUCAUUGUUGGUGAUGUUGAUACUGCAGAAAAAGGGAUAUUAUAA